AUGUUCAUCAACUCUCUUCCAGUUGAUCCCCCUCAGCUAUUGGAAAAUUUCAAAGAGGAAACAUUGCAACCGGGACCAUCUGUAUUCCUGAAGUGUGUUGCAUCUGGUAACCCCACUCCUGACAUUCAUUGGGAACUUGAUGGCACUAAAGUUGCAUCUAGUGACAGGAUGCAAAUUGGCCAAUAUGUGAUGGCCAAUGGGGAAGUGGUUUCUCAUCUCAACAUAUCAGCCAUUCACACAAAUGAUGGUGGAUUGUAUCGAUGUGUGGCAACUUCAUCUGUUGGCAAAGCUGAGCAUGCAUCUCGUAUCAAUGUGUUUGGCAUGCCUUUUGUGCGAUCCAUGGAGAAGCGGAAGAUUGUAGCUGGUGAUAUGCUUAUUAUCCAUUGUCCUGCUGCUGGCUAUCCAAUUGACAGCAUCACAUGGGAAAGAGGGAGCCGGAUCUUGCCAAUCAAUCGUAGGCAGAAGGUGUUCCCAAAUGGCACUCUGAUCAUUGAGGAUGUGCAACGGACUGGGGAUCAAGGUAUAUACACUUGUGUGGCCAAGAAUGCUCAAGGAUAUUCAGCCAAGGGAGACCUUGAUAUUCAAGUCAUGGUUCCACCUGUGAUAGCCCAUUUUGAGUUUGAGGGUCCCUUGAAUGAGGGUGACGUGGGACAGCUAUCAUGUCUUGUUGCAAAGGGAGAUCCUCCCUUGCAUGUCACCUGGUCAUUCCAUGGCCUCCAACUGAACAACAAUUUGGGGAUUUCUAUGGUGAGGCUUGGUACCAGGACAAGUAUUUUGACCAUCGAUUCAGUUAGCUCCAAACACAGUGGGACGUACACUUGUACAGCCCGCAAUGCUGCUGGCACCGUCCAACAUUCUGCUGACCUCAUUGUGAAUGGUAACCUGUGCCAGGGAGAUAUCAGUUUAUCCUGUGGUGAUGGAAACAUUGCCACCUCCCUCUUUGUAGUGCCACCCACCAUUGUCCCGUUUACAUUCGGCCGAGAUGUCCUGAAUGCUGGAGAAAGCGCUCAGAUUACAUGCUUCGUGUCGAAAGGAGAUGAACCUCUUCAGAUUCGCUGGACAUUUUAUGGACAGGAGAUUUCAUCACACAUGGGAAUCUCGACCACUCGUGUUGGGAAACAAGCCAACUUGCUCAUGAUCAAUCAUGUAUCAGCUGGGCACAGUGGGAAUUACACAUGUACUGCCUACAAUGGCGUGGGAUCUGCAAACUACACUGCUGAAUUGAUUGUUAAUGUUCCUCCCAAGAUCGAGCCAUUCUCGUUUGCAGAAGGAACCUUAGAAUCUGGAAGCCCUGCUUCUCUUCAGUGCUUUGUAUCUCAAGGGGACUCCCCUUUGACUGUUCUUUGGACUUUUCAUGGGAAAGAUGUUUCCACCCAGCAAGGCAUUAGGACUUUUAAGGUCAAUUCACGUAUCAGUCUCUUGACUGUCGACUCCAUCAAUGAAUUUCACUCGGGCAAUUAUACAUGCACUGUCCGAAAUCCUGCUGGAGAGACCAACUUCACAGCUGCUUUAUAUGUUAAUGUUCCUCCCAAGAUCAGCCCCUUUGAAUUUGGGUCUACUGCCCUCAAUGCUGGAGAGACGACAUCCAUCACUUGCCUUGUUGGCUCUGGCGACCUACCCCUUCAAAUUUCAUGGACAUUUCAUGGCCAAAAUGUUUCCUCUCAGAUGGGCAUCUCCACUGUGAGAGUGGGUAGUCGUAUGUCUCUCCUUGUGGUUGAUCAUGUGGCAGCUGGGCAUAGUGGAAACUACUCCUGUUCUGCCAGAAAUUCAGCUGGCUCUGAUGACUUUACUACACACCUAUCUGUUAAUGUGCCACCAUCCAUAGAGCCCUUCUCUUUUGGAAACUCUGGAAUCCUUGACUAUGGACAUCCUGCAAGUCUUAAUUGCCUUGUUGGAAAGGGUGACUUACCCAUCUCCAUCAUUUGGACUUUCCAUGGGUCUGCUGUUUCUGCAAACAUGGGGGUUUCAACUACACGACUAGGAGGUCGAAUGAGUGUACUUAUGAUAGAGAGUGUAUCUGCUUCCCACAAGGGGAAUUACACAUGCAGUGCCAAGAAUCCUGCUGGGACAGCAAACUACACUACAACUCUGUCAGUCAAUGUCCCUCCAACGAUCAAACCCUUUGACUUUGGAGCUCCAGCACUGGAUGCAGGAGAGACAGCAUCUAUUCAGUGUCUUGUAGCUACUGGCGACCUACCACUUCAAAUUUCAUGGACCUUCCAUGGACAAAAUGUAUCUUCUCAAAUGGGCAUCUCCACUGUUAGAGUGGGUAGUCGUACAUCUCUCCUCAUGGUUGAUCAUGUAGCAGCUGGACACAGUGGAAACUACACAUGUUCAGCCAAGAACUCGGCUGGUUCAGACAACUACACAGCUCAUCUUGCUGUUAAUGCUCUACCAAAAAUUGAGCCUUUCACCUUUGGAGAUUUCGGUAUCCUGGACUCUGGUCAUCCUGCCAGCAUUCAGUGUCUUGUUUCUCGGGGUGAUCUUCCUAUUUCGAUUGUUUGGAGUUUCCAUGGGGCAACUGUAUCCCCAAACAUGGGAGUGUCAACCACUCGGCUUGGAAGUCAAAUGAGUGUACUUCUGAUCGAUAGUGUCUCUGCCUCUCAUAGGGGUAAUUACACAUGCAGCGCCAAGAAUCCUGCUGGAACUGCCAACUACACUGCUACUCUUUCUGUCAAUGUUCCUCCCUCCAUUGUCCCAUUCUCCUUUGGAGACUCUCCUCUGCAUUCUGGUGAACUGGCACAAGUCACUUGCAUUGUGAAGAAAGGUGACACUCCUUUGACAAUCACAUGGACCUUCCAUGGAAGAAACCUCUCAUCUCAAAUGGGAAUAUCCACCCAUCGAUUUGGUCAACAGAGUUCCAUCCUGACUAUUGAUCACAUUGCAGCAGGCCAUUCUGGGAAUUACACCUGCAUUGCUCGAAAUGCUGUGGGGGAGGAUAAGUUCACAGCUACUCUCUUAGUCAAUGUUCCUCCAUCAAUUGUUCCAUUCUCAUUUGGAGAAUAUGCCCUUCCUUCUGGAGAAUCUACACAAGUGCAAUGCUAUGUCAAAGGAGGUGAUACUCCAUUGACUAUCACAUGGACCUUCCAUGGAAGGAAUCUCUCAUCACAAAUGGGAAUUUCCACUCACCGAUUCGGGCAACGCAGUUCCCUUUUAACCAUUGAUCAUGUGGCAGCUGGACAUUCAGGGAAUUACACAUGCAUUGCUCGCAAUUCUGUUGGAGAAGAGAAAUAUACUGCCCAGCUUCUUGUCAAUGUGCCUCCUCGCAUCACCCCAUUUGCAUUUGGACCAAACCCAUUGCAAGAAGGACAGUUGGCUCAGAUUCAAUGCCUGGUAUCAGAAGGGGAUACUCCUCUGACAUUAUCAUGGACAUUUCAUGGCCAGAACUUAUCAUCUCCUUCAGAAAUGGGAAUUGCUACAUAUCGAUUAAGGCAGGAGAGUUCGAUUCUCACCAUCAACCGAGUGAUUGCCAGACAUGCUGGCACCUAUACAUGCACAGCUCAUAAUGCUGUGGCAUCUGACUCAUAUUCAGCAGUCCUUCGAGUCAAUGUACCACCUGUGAUCAAACCCUUUUCAUUUGGAGAUGAACCAUUGCAAGCUGGGAGCGUGGUGCAGGUUACCUGCUUUGUCAAUGAAGGGGACCUUCCCCUAAGCAUCACUUGGUUCUUCCAUGGGAAAGAUCUCUCCUCUCAAAUGGGGAUCUCUACCCUCAGAGUAGGGCAAAGAAGUUCUCUUCUCACAAUCGAACAUGUCAUCGCUGGUCAUGCUGGUAUAUACUCCUGCAAGGCCAAGAAUGCUGUUGGGGAAAUGACAUCCUCUGCUCCCCUCAAAGUUAAUGUUCCCCCAAGAUGGAUUGUGGAACCAAAGCAAAAGGCAUUAGCCCUUGGAAGUGAUGCUCAAAUUGAGUGCAAAGCUGAUGGGUUUCCCAAACCUCAAAUCUCAUGGAAAAAAGCAGCAGUUUCUGCUGUGGCUGGAGAUUACAGAGAGCUGAGGACUGAUGAUCCUAGUAUCAAGGUGGCAGAGGAUGGAACCCUCCACUUUCACAACAUUCAGAAGUCGAGUGAAGGAUACUACCUAUGUGAAGCAACCAAUGGCAUUGGAGCUGGACUCUCUGGUGUUACCUACAUCAAUGUACAAGCACCACCCCAAUUUGAGAUCCAGUUUCGUAAUCAGACCGCCAAGAGAGGAGAAUCUGCAACACUGUUCUGUGAAGCCAAAGGAGAAAAGCCCAUUGGGAUCCUUUGGAACUUCAACAACCAAAGGCUCAAUACCAAACAGAACCCUCGAUAUGCCAUUCGUGAAGAAGUGACAGCAAAUGGAGUGCGGUCAGAUCUCACCAUUAAGGAUACAAAAAGAGAAGAUUCAGGGACUUUUGCUUGUGUUGCUACUAAUGCAUUUGGAUCAGAUGAUACAACCAUCAACUUCAUUGUCCAAGAACGACCUGAAGUUCCAUAUGGCAUCAAAGUAAUUGAUAAAUCAAGCCGAACAGUCCAGCUUCAGUGGGUUGCUCCCUAUGAUGGGAACUCCCACAUAACAGGGUACAUCAUUGAAUACAAGAUCUCAGCAGACAUGUGGGAUGAGAACAAGGAGCGAGUGGUGAUCCCUGGUGAACAGAGUGUAGCUGGAGUAUUCAGCUUGCGCCCGGCCACAACAUAUAAUCUUCGAAUCAUGGCUGAAAAUGAAGUAGGAAUUAGUGAUCCCUCAGAUGUUGUCACCAUAAUAACAGCCGAAGAAGCCCCAAGUGCCCCUCCAAAGAUGGUGAAGGUAGAGGCACUGGACCAGCAUACAUUGCAAGUGGCGUGGCGCCCUCCACCUAGGGACCACUGGAAUGGAGAGAUUCUUGGCUAUUAUGUGGGGUACAAGCUUGCAUCAUCCGAUGAAAGAUUCCGCUUUGAAACUGUUGAGUUCUCCAAGGAGAUGUCCAAGGAACAUCAUCUGCAACUCUCUAAUCUCAAGAUGUUUACAGAAUAUGCUGCGGUGGUUCAAGCAUUCAACAAGAUUGAUUCAGGUCCUACAUCUGAGGAAGUGCGAGCCUUCACUGCAGAAGGUGCACCCACAGAACCUCCAGCCCAAGUCACCUGCACCUCACUCACAUCUCAAACAAUGAGAGUGGCUUGGAAGCCACCACCACAAUCAUCCAUCAAUGGUGUCAUCCAAGGCUAUAAGAUCAUCUUUGGCCACACAUCUACUUGGUAUGAUGAGAAGACAAAAGAAACCCAGGAAGCAAAGGAAACUGAGGUUAUCCUCCAGGAUCUCCAAAAAUACACAAACUACACCCUCCAGGUGUUAGCUUUCACUGGUGGAGGUGAUGGAGUUAAGUGUGAACCCAUUUCAUGUCACACUGAACAAGAUGUUCCCAGUGAACCAGCAAAUAUCAAGGCUCUGGUGACUAGUGAGAAUUCAAUCCUCAUUAGCUGGCUUCCUCCUGAGGAACCAAAUGGAGUUAUCACCCACUACACAGUAUAUAUCAAGGAGAAGAAGGGCAACAAAGAGAAAUUGAGGAAGGAGCGAGUUCCUGCUGAUGGAAAGCAAUUUGAGGUUGACAGUCUUUCCAAUAAAGCAUCUUUUGACUUCUGGGUCACUGCUUCAACAACUGUUGGUGAAGGGACUAGGUCUCCAACAACUACACUGACCCCAAACAUCAAAGUUCCUGCAAAGAUAUCUUCUUUUGAUGCCUCAUUCACUGCAACAGCCCAGGAAGACAUCACACUUCCAUGCCUCUCUGUGGGCAAGCCAACACCCACAGUUGAAUGGAGGAUCAAGGGAGCUCCUUUUGCCCCAACUGAGCGAAUCAGAGUCCUCCCCGAAGGUUCACUCCUCAUCAAGAGUGUGACAAGAGAUGAUGCUGGAGAAUACACAUGCUUUGUGGAGAAUCCCUACGGACAAGAUACUAUUAAGCACAGUCUUGCUGUGCUCGCUCCACCCCUCCCACCUCAACUCUCACUGUCUUCAGAUUCAACUGAUGGCAUCACAGUCUUAUUAAAGGCUCAGAGGGAUGACUCCAUGCCCAUCCAUGGAUUCCGGCUGCAUUUCAAACCUGAAUUUGGGAAAUGGGACUCAGUGCAGCUCAGCCAUGAUACUGUCACCUAUACAUUAGAGAAUCUCUGGUGUGGGGUCCGAUAUGAAAUUUAUGUUGAGGCUUUCAACAACAUUGGAAAGGGAAAGCCAUCUGAUAUUCUUAAAGCAAGGACCAAGGGACAGAAGCCAUCAGUGCCAGAUGCUGGCAAGUUCCUGGAAGUCUCAAGUACAAGUGUCACACUUCAUCUUGGUGCCUGGGAUGAUGGGGGCUGUCCAAUGCUCUACUUUGUUGUGGAAUAUAGGGCCAAACAUCAGCAAGAAUGGACCUUGGUUAGUCACAAUGUCCAACCUGGAGGAAACUUUGUGGUGCUGGACUUGUCCCCAGCCACUUGGUAUCUCCUUCGAGUCACAGCUUACAAUAAUGCUGGGCCAACAAAGGCUGAAUAUGAAUUUCCCACCCUUACUGCUGAAGGAGGGACUGUUGCCCCAGCACGGGAUUUGACCCCAAAGAGCGAGGACCCUAUAGACCUCCCAUUCUAUCUGAAUCUCACCAUCCUGGUGCCAUGCGGGGCGGCCAUACUCGUCAUUAUCAUUGCUGUUGCUGUCGUGUGCUUCAUUAAAGGAAAACAUGCACAAGAAAAAGAGAGCAUUGGAGGGCUGAGUCCACCACAAGUUGAUGAAACCACCAGGAGGGCUGGAUAUCCUGCCUGGCUUCCUGAUUGGGUUGAUCUCAAUAUUAUUGUCCCAGUUGGGGCCACCAUUAUUGUUGUCAUAGUUGGGAUCAGCGUCAUUUGUUUUGCAGUUGCUAAAAGGCAUCGAUUCCCACUCCAAUCCAGACUUCAAGAAGAGCCAAUGUAUGCAACAUCCAUGCCACCUGGAACCCUGGACAAGCGCCACAGUCAGUUCCGAGAUGAACUUGGCUACAUUGCUCCUCCCAACAGAAAAUUGCCACCCAUCCCUGGCAAUAACUAUAAUACUUGUGACCGCAUCAAGAGAGGUCGAGGAGCACAGAGUCCAAGUGGGACAUGGGAUCCCCGUCGACACUUCUAUGAAGAAGUCUCCUAUUAUGACAUGACCAGUAAGAAGCCUAUCCCGCCACCACACCACAAAGGAGAGAACCUCAACAGCGGCCCCCUUGAUGAGGACAUCUGCCCAUAUGCUACAUUCCACUUGCUUGGGUUCCGAGAGGAAAAUAUGGAUCAGCACGGGAAUCAUCACAUGUAUCCGCAUCCUCAUGGCGCUGCCACUAUUGGUCCCGGUGGACUCUCCUCCACUCCAGCCCAUGCAAGACAGGGAUCUCAGUCGAUGCCACGCCCAAGCUCUGAUGGACACUUCAUCCAGACCGCCAAUGGAACCAAGUUCAGCCCUGAGUAUGAUGACCCUGCUAACACAGACUAUGAGGAGCAUCCAUAUGAUGGAGGAUGUCAGGGACAGUGUCAUGGAACCGUUCGCAGAGCUCUGCCAGGAGGAGGCUAUGAGACACUGCCCCCUCCACCACCACCAAGGAACCCUGAAUUCAGCGGAGGACCUGAUGGCAACUUCCCCCCUCCUCCUUCUGACAAUACUCUAAACAAUGCUGGUGCACGUGGAGAACUGGCCAAGUCCACUGAGGAGAUGCGGAAACUCCUUGACAAUUGUAGGAGGGAGAGGAGCCCACCAACUCAUCGACCGAACGGACUCAUCCCCUUCGACACCAUGGCUGUGUGAUUGUCUUAUUGACUUCUUUUAGGUUCCUUCAUUUCAAUUUUUGUAUAUCUAUCUUGAGUGCCAUUGAGUUGUGGUCUUCUCAAUUCAAUUGCCAAUUCAGUAUAUUGUGAUCUGAGAAGGACCUUUUGAGCUUCCCCCUGAUUUUGGGAGGCACUCGUCAUCGACGCGGAGCCAAACACCUUGUGAUGUGGUGACAUUUUUGUCCUCUCUUCAUCCCUUUCUCUCCUUGAUGUCACAGUUUUGUACAUAUUGUAUACGAGGGUGAAGCACCCACUCAAAGAUCAGGCGGCAAACGAUCAUGUAUUCGGUCCUUCACGUGUUUGUUGCCAAAUAGGUCUUUCCCCCUCUUGAUGUCUGAAUGUUUCACAAUGUAGCUUGCAUUGAUGGUAGAUAUCGUGAUGAUUACGAUGAUGUUUAUCUUGUCACCUAAUCCAGUUGCGAAGCUAGUCAUUCCUCAAUGUUCCUCAUCUCUUGCUCCUGUUUUCCUUCAUACCCGUCAUGAAUUGUGUUCAACAUUGAACUCUGCAGUGGAAUGCUGCUCCUCUUCAUGAUCAUCCUGUAUUUUAUCAUGCUCAAAUAUUGCUCUUGCUUGCUCCGAUUCUGGUGCUUCCCAAGGAUUCAUAUUCUACCCUCCUCCCUUUCUAGCGCUCUCUUUAGCUCUUGUAUUAGCUUUUUUCCUCUGUAGCAGCAUACUCCACUCUUGAGGAAUCUCAGACAUUCUUUCAGUCCCAUGACGCCAACAAUAAAAAUCUGUGAAAAUUA